UUAAGUAGUACCGACGACGUCCAAUUCUAUGUAAGCGCCCAUUUUGUAUUACAUCAAUUCUUCUUCAGGUGCCGACUUUACGGCGUUUUUAAGAGCUACAUUUUAUAUCUAUAGCAGGGGUCGAGUUCUUUCGAGAGCUCGUAUCUCUGUGUCAGUAUUUUUUCUUCGUUGGAGGGUCCUUACGAGAAAUAAAGUUCAUCCUAUUCCCCAUGAGAAUUCGAAUAGUUGUAGCACCAAAGAGAAUUUUCAGUAUAGUGUAAGUGAUAAAACUCUUUAUCUCUUUGUGUUUCUUGCAAAAACGGACCGCAAACAUUGCAUGACUCCCCAUCUUCUUCCUAUGCUGCUUUGAUUCGGGAGCCGAAAGGAAUAGCAUCUGACGACUCUUUUUCGAUCGCGACGUGACAUCAUGUCGAAGUAUUGUUUUUUUUUUUUGCGUUCUUUGUAUUUUGUUCAACUCCAAAUUCAAAAACACAAGCACAAGCAGUACUGGAAUGAUCAUGACUUCGUAGUUGAGUAAAUCUACCUACCUACCUUUUACCAACAGGUCGCUCGUCUUUGUCCGUGUGCAGGUUUCUGUUUGUCUUCAUUUCCAAACUUAUUCAAUUUUCAGGUAUAAUUCAAGCCGAGGCGGGCAGAGUAAUUCUGCCGGCCACAACAGCAAAGGAAAGCAACACGACACAACAAGUUCACAGGACGGAGACCCAGCGUGCAAAAUAUUCGUGGGCGGACUCGCGCAGACGACAACGGAAAGCCAAAUAAUGAAGUAUUUCGAGCAGUAUGGGACAGUUGACAGGAAAGAACUCUUCAUCGCGCGGGGUUUCGGCUACAUCACGUUUCACCAGUCGCAGGCGGUAGAACGCUGCUUGAACAAAAACGAUUACGGGCACCAGAUCAGCGGAAAAUGGGUAGACGUCAAAAGGUCGUUCCCACCGCGGGACUUAUCGCAGUUUGGCGGAAGUAUAACUUGGCUUCAUUGAUUUUUCGCCAUCAUGUCUUACAAAGCAUAGGCAUACUACACGGACUUGAUGGAACCCAGUCUGCUCAGACUUCUUUAUUGAUGAUAAAGCCAUGUUUAAUCCAUACCAUAAUCCCAGCGUUUCCGCUAGAAAAUAAGAAAGCCUUUAUCACGACGACAUACUUAACAGAAAAAGGCGGCGGUAAGGGAGGCGAACAGUCUUCAAGUGGAGCACCAUCGGGUCGAGCAGAGGCAGAAGCACCCUCCCGGGGCGCCGGUGGCAAAAACCCAAAAAAGCCGGUUACGGUUACCGCACCUCCGCAGCAGCCUUCCCGGGGUGUGCAAGAGGAUUCACGAGUCACGGAGCUUUGCGCCAUGGGCUUUAGCAUGAAGCAGUGCAAGCGCGUGCUGUACUGAAAUUUGCUGUUGUGUUUUACUAUUUCUGGCCUGCCAACUUUAACUUCUUAAUCUUAAUCUUUUUCUGUUGGAUUUCGGCAGAAAUAGGUCGGAAAAAUGAUGUUGAGUCUGAUGUUUUUCAAAAAAAAAAACAGUGGCAAUUGCGGUUGGGACGUCAAUAAAGCAUUGGAUAAGUUGCUUGAAGAGGGAGUCGAAGCGGACCCGGACCAAGAUGCCAAGGGCUCUAGCAAGUAUGCAUUUAUUUGCGGUGUUUUUCAACAUGAUCUGCAACUUUUCAUGAACGACAACAAACGAAUGCGUGGACGGUUCUGCGCAUUGAGUUUUUGACCGGUCAUUUAUUUCAGAAAAAAUGGUAAAAAGAUACAAAUUACGAAUUGAAAGCGGAGCCAAUAAAACAAAAAGAAAUUUACGUAUAUAAUCAAACGCAUCCAUGGAUUAAUUUCAGGAGCGGCAAAGUAGGUGCAGAAACGUUAUCGACCGCAUCCGACAGCGUCGAGGAGCCAGAGGAAACGCAGGAACCAGAUAAACCUCCGGAAAGAGCAGAAAAACCCGCACCGGAGACGACAAAGCCAACGACCACUGGAAAAGGUAUAUACUAUAUAGUUUUCCAAAGCUAGCUACUCCUACUUCUGCACAACUUCACAGUAAAGCUCCUGCUUGUGAGAAAUAUUCUCAAUGGAUGAAGGGUUUCUGAUGCAUGCGAGAGAAGCAGAAUGAAGAGGCAACGUAGAAGAAUCUCGGUAAGAAAAAUACCAUUAAAUAAAUCUUCACCUAAACAAACUUCUGCAACAGGUGGCAAGAAAUCGGCAGCGAAAAGUCCGACGCAAACGGACGGUUACUCAGGGAAAAACUCCACGAAGGCGUCGAGUACCAAGGAUCUUUCGACCGGCAGCUCUGUCACGACGACGGCUGACAGCUCCGCUAAAGAAGACUAUUACACCUCCAGCAACGGGUGGGGCAACAACAAUAGUUCUGCAGCCACCAACGGCAACAACAGUUCUGCGAAUACUUACCACCAAGCUGGCGCAAAACAGGGCGCUUCCGCGAACGGAGGAUCUUCCUACAACAAUACUCAGCAAUCGACUUCUCCCUUCCACAAGGACCGUGCUUCGAACGCGCAGCAAGCUUCCCAACAGCAAGAGCAGCAACUUUCUCAACAGCAGGUUUCCAACGCAAAUAAAGGUGGAAACAAUAGUGCUGCCACUAACAUGGGUCAACAGCAACAGCCGAACGCAAUGCAGCAGCAGGCGCAACAGCAACCUCAGGCCGCUGUCCAGCAGCAGCAAGCGCAGCAGCAACAACAGGUCGUUUCUCAGCAGCAGCAACAGCAGCCGGUUUCUCAACAGCAGGUGGCCGCUGCGCAGCAACAGAAUGCGAUGCAGCCGGUGAACCAACAGCAAAAUGUGAACCCACAGAUGAACAACGCCGCUCAGCAGCAGUACAACCAGCAGCACGAUCAGGCACGAAUGAACAACGGUUACAGCAGUCCGGACCGCAUGUCGGGCUGGAACAGUUUGAUGGACCCAAAUGGACACCAGGCGAAUGCAGGCUACGACCAAACGCAGCAGCAUCAGCAGCACAUGCAAGGCCAGCAGCAGAUGCAGCAGGGAGGACAGGCGCACCAACAACCGCAGCAGCUGCAGCAGCAGGGUACUAUAUCGAUCAUCAGCAAGUAGAAUCGGACUUCUUGUGGUCAGACUUCAUGUGUUCGUUUUCCUUUAAUUGAUGCAGUCGAUUGUUGAUCCUGGUGCUGAUGGCUGAACCGGGCGUCGAGUUUUUUAUUGCAUCUUACGAAUUGUUCAAGUUCAUCUCAUUUAUCCGUUUGAACGCUGCGAAAUAAAGCUCUGCUGCUUUUCUAUUGUUGUUUGCUUCCAACUAAUUUCAGGUUACGAACAGCACUACUCUGGGUAUUACAACCAGCAGGCGCAGCCGCAGGCACACGAACAACAAGGCCACUACAAUCAGCAGCAGUAUGAGCAGCCCCAACCUGCACAAGAGCAACUGCAGCGCAUCACAGUACAAGCUUCCGUCCAUUGACCUUGAUGUUUUUUUUCAUUUUUUUUUUUUUGCAUGCACCUGCACGAGAACUGUGAAGUAUAUUUGCAGGAGUCAGAACCGGUAGUUUUUGUCCUUCAGCAACGGGCCGAAAAAGAACAGAAGUUGCAAUGAAUAGAUCUCGUGCAGUCGUGGAAGAAUGAAAUAUGAACCUGUACAGGUCAAGCCGCAACUCCCGUACUCCCCGCAGCAAGAGCAAUACAACGCAGGCCAACAGUUUUUGGCGAUCCCGCCAGACCUCAAUCAGCAGAUCGAAGUGA